AGGAUGUUAUGCAUAGCAUGUAGUGCUGCCACGGAGGCUACCAACGCUCGAGGUACCGCGUCCUUUGCUGUUGACUGGCUGCUAGAGACCACAGCGACUGCUCGUAGCAUUUCUGUCCUCGUCCUGUCUGUUACGCUACUCGUAGUUAUUGCCAUUGGCACCGCUGCCAGCGAUAGUUAGUUGUAUGUACGCUGCAACCGGGUGGUACGGCGCUUCGAGGUCAGCCUGAUGAGGCACUCUGCGACGUCUCCUGUCUCUGGCUCCAACCCAUUGAACGGUCGUCUGGGACGGCCCAUCUAUGCUGUCUACUCGGCGUAUGUCUGUCUGUCUGUGUCUCCGUAUGCUGUGGUGUCUGCAGCUGUCAUGUCUACAAGCGUCGCGAGUCCCAAGUCUGUUCGGACACCGCAGGCUCAUGCAAGAAAGAUACAUCAAUCCGGGGCUUUAGCGACGGGAGGCAGCGUCAAGCCCGCCCUCCUGGAGACUGCUGAGACUCUAGUUGCAGGAGUAGGCGCCGGCCAGCGUCUUCUCUCCUGUUGGUUUCCUUACUUCCAGAAGGCCGUGUCUCAGGGGUCAUCGUCACCAACUAACUACGGCCACCUAUAUGCUGAUAUAACGACAGGUACAUGAGACAGCCAGCGAGGCGUAGCAAGACAGCAGCAGCAGACGAAGCAGAGAAGAGAAUGCUAUUAUUAUUAUGACCCCAGCCUGGUCUUGCAGACGGCAGUGGGCACUCUAUCCUGGCUGCUGGCCAAUUGACAGCCCGUCCUGCACGCUGGCCGUUCCUCGUCACAUCGCCCAAGGACCGCUAAGGACGUCGCCUGCAUGAGAUAUCUCGUUUUUGCUGGCUCAUGCUGGCCUGCUGGAAAAAGCAAAGAGCGCAAAAGAAGAGGCCCUGUCAAGCAGGCCAUGCAAGAGGAAAAAGCAGAGUGUGAUAUCGGCAGCUCGCUCGCUCCGUUUUGCAGCUCAUUUGCCAAUUAUAGAUACGCCGGCGAGCAGG